AAUGGAUAGUGCGUCAAAACAUAUAGCUGAUGUAUUUACAGAUCUUCAUAAAAUUGGAGAAGGGACCUAUGGAACGGUUUACAAAGUUAGGACAAAACAAGAUGGAGAAUUAAAAGCUUUGAAGCAGAUUAGAUUAAAUCAAGGUUGUGAAGGUGUGCCAAGUACUUGUAUUCGUGAAGUUUGUUUAUUAAAGGAGUUGACACAUCCAAAUAUUGUUCAUUUGGAAGAUGUUAUGAUUCACAGAAGAAAGCUUUAUUUAAUUUUUGAAUUUAUUGAUCAAGACCUUAAAAUGUUAUUAGAACGUUUGUCUCCGCGUCCAUUGCCCGUUCCUAAUGUUAAGAGUUUUAUUUGGCAAAUGCUUCAAGCUUUGGCUUAUUGUCAUACACACAGAGUUGUCCACAGAGAUUUAAAACCUCAGAAUUUACUUGUGAAGAAUGAUGGGACUAUUAAAUUGGCUGAUUUUGGAUUGGCUAGAGCCUUUUCGUUGCCAAGUCGUUGUUACACUCACGAAGUUGUAACGCUUUGGUAUAGAGCCCCAGAAGUACUUUUGGGUGCUCUCUAUUAUUCUACAGCUGUGGAUAUUUGGAGUUUGGCUUGUAUUUUUGCUGAAUGUUUACGUAAUGAGCCUCUAUUUAAAGGAGAUUCUGAGAUUGACCAACUUUUUAGAAUUUUUCAAAUUCUUGGAACGCCUAAUUCUAAGACAUGGGCAGGUGUAGAACGUUUCCCCGACUAUAAAAAUAAUUUUCCAAAAUGGAAGCGUCGUGAUAUGCGUGAAUUAAUAACAAUAUUAGAUGAAGAUGGAAUUGAACUUUUAAAACAAAUGUUGGUAUAUCCUCCAAUGGAUAGAAUUACAGCAAAAUUAGCUCUUUCACAUCGUUUUCUUCGUGAUAUGACAUUAAAAUUGCAUGACAUUACUUUACUUUAUGAAAAAUAA